CCCUUUCGAUCGUGAUCGCCAAGAAGGCCGCUGAAACUCCCACUUUCUGUUCCUUCCCCUCCUCUCCGACCCGAAACGACGACGGAAUCGUGGCCUACAAAGACCAUCGAAACUCCCAUCUCUGUCUUCCUUACGCUCCGCUCCUACCCAAAACCAUUGAGGAAUCCUUCGCGCAACCAUUGAGUAAGUUUCACGAAAUCAUUGAGUAAGUUUCACGAAACCAUUGAGAGUAAGAAUAUACCACGUCGGUGGAAAAUCCUCACAUUACCCAAAAUUUUCGAAUAGACUUGUAUUUCAUGUCUGCAUUUGAGAAAAAUGGUGAUGAAUCAUAUUCUUCUCGCUUCUCCUCUACAAUCAUUACAGACCCACAGGAAUGUGUAGGCGAGAAGGAGCAAACAUUGCCUUCUCAGGUGGCGUCUUUCCUGUGGGGGGAAGUGGUAGGGACGGCUCAGGUGUUCGAGAGAUGGGUGGCUCUAGUGCGGAAGCGGAGUGGUAGAUGCAAGCCAUCGGGUUUUCCCCAUCGAUUGGCAAAGACCGAAUCAAUAUCUGGAGGGUCCUUGAUGGAACAGAAGCAGAGUGUCACAGAACUAAUUUCUGAAGAACUUUUGGAUUUUGCUGAUAAGUCGUUUCUUUUGGAACAAGCUCCAGAAAGGAGCUUGUGGGAAAGACUUGGAAAUGCUGCAACAAUGAACGUUGACUCAGGUGCUGUGACAUGGAGUUGUCUUUCAUCUUUACAUCAUACUGAACAUACUAGCAGUAAUGAUAAUUCUGAAGAUGAAUUGAACAAAGCUUUAGAGGUGACUGUAAACUCUGGGGGAGUUGUUUUUUUUGCUUUGUUCAACAAACCCGAGGAUAGCAUUCUUUUACCAAAAGAAGCAGCAGCAGUUAUAAAGAUAACAUCUUCAAGGUUGACCACACUUUCAGAAUGCUUAGGUUAUGAGUUCGCUAGGUGGCUUGGAGUACGAACCCCUCAGGCUAGGGUUGUCCACAAUUUUAGCCCAGAAUGGCAAAUUAUUAAAGAUGCAGCAGAGAAGGCAUGUAGUGGUGCAGCUUCAGCUGGUGAUGAAAUUGGAGAAAUGACAUGCUCAGAGCUGUUGGAAGCUCUAGAAAUGAGUCGCUGUAUCCUGUUGAUGAAUUAUGUUCAUGGAUCACCCCUUCUUAAGAAUUCACAGGCAUUUAACUCACUUGAAGCAGCCGGAAGCACGGCUGCCGCACUUGGUAGGAUACUACUUUUGGAUCUUAUAAUUAGAAAUGAGGACAGACUUCCUUGUAAUCAGCUUGGGUGGCGUGGUAAUCCUGGAAAUUUACUUUUUGUGGAUAAAAUAGACUCAGCUAAAUUGGAUGCACUUGAUGAAAUUACUGGUCUUCCUUUCAAAAGAUAUAACCCAGCAGUUGUCAAAUCUUUGCAGAACAGUAGGAAGGUAAACUCUAGCAACAUGCAAGAACAUUUAUAUCAGAGCUCCGAUGAAUUGUAUGAAAAAAGUAACAUAUCCAUUGGAGAACAAGCCAACAAUGCACAUCAACAUUCUAACUUUCAUGUUGUGGCUAUUGAUACCGGAGUUCCUCGCAGACCUCCAACAGGCAAACGUGCCAAAGAUCAAGAGCAAUAUCCAAGGCUGGUUGAGCUUUUGCUUAAUUGUUUAGACUACUCAUCCAAUCUAUUACACGAAAUUUCUGGUGGUAAACUGGGAUUUUCUGCCUUAGAAGAAGCCGAUGCCAUAUUACCUUGUUCUUCUAAUUUUUGUUCUCUUUCACAUACUAACAUGAUGACAGUUGUUCAAAAGUUUCGAAGUGGAUUUCGUGAUGCCCUUAUGGACAUGCAAAGCUUCUAUAUAUUUCUCCUUACUCUUAAUCAGAAGUUAGAUGGCCUUUUUCGAAUUUUCUUGUCAAUUGUAAAUAAAAGCUCUGAAGACGUUGAGAAGGAAGAGUACCGGCACUAUUGCUCUCCACAUUCAUCAGAUUUUGGCUCGAGCAAUCCUCUUUGGAAGGAGCGUUCUGCUAAUGAGAGCCAUGCAGAUUCCUGUGAUUCAGAAACUCGUAGAAAUACCCCAAGGUCUUCACCCCGCGGAGAAUCGGAGCACUAUGGAAGUCCUGAGUCGACAUCUUCGAGUUCUCGAGGAAAUUGGAGUGGUAAAUAUUUCAAAGGAAGCGGAGAUCAGUCCCAUAGAUUGCGAUUGACGAUGAAGCUUCGAGAUUUUCAGAAGUUUGUGAAGGCUGAUGCUGAAUUUAACAAGGACUUGGAACAGUGGAUUGAAAUGCUGAGAAUAGACGUCGUUAAAUUUUGCCUAGAAAAUAAUUUCAAUGCAGGUUUCUUUGAUGGGAAUGAUAGUAAUAUUGUCACUGAUGCUUAUGAAUUAAAGGUUCGACUUGAGCAUAUAUUGGAUAGGAUGGCUUUGAUCUCCGAUGCCAUGAACACGGAGCGGCCUUCUCAGGUCACAGAUAAUCUGUUUAUUGGUGGGGCGUUGGCUGCAAAGGCUGUUCAUACUUUACAAUAUUUGGGCAUCACACACAUCAUUUGCUUGUGUCUUAAUGAAAUUGGACAAUCAGAUUCUCAGCAUCCUGAAUUUUUUGAAUACAAAAACUUCUCUAUAAGUGACAGUGACGAAGAAGAUAUCAGCAGUCUCUUUGCUGAGGCUUGUGAUUUCAUCGCCACCAUCGUCGAUUCAGGUGGAAAGGUGCUGGUUCAUUGUUUUGAAGGAAAAAGCCGAAGUGCGACAGUAGUUCUUGCCUACUUAAUGAUGAGAAAUGGUCUUAACUUAUCAGAAUCAUGGAAUCUGCUGAAGAAAAUGCAUAGACGCGCACAGCCAAAUGAUGGGUUUGCCAAGGCAUUGCUCGAGCUUGAUCUGAGACUUCAUGGAAAGGUUUCCAUGGUUUGGCAGCACAAGAAACCUGUAAUGAAGGUGUGCCCAAUUUGUGGGAAGAAUGCAGGGCUGAGCACAAGUUCACUGAAGCUUCACCUGCAGAAGUCUCAUAGGAGGAUCUCUUCAGGGAGUGUGGACAGUGGCUUGACCUUAGAGGCUCUGAAGGUUUUUGAUGAUCUUAAGAUUAGCUCUCCUGUUAACAACCCUAUUCAAGGCAAGUCUCGUUCACUUUCUCCUAAAUUUUGAUUUUUGUGAGGAUUCAUAGAGCCAAUUGUGAGCAGUGGCUGACCACUAUCUAUCUAAACAAAUAAUAUGUAUAUUAUCCACUUUUUUCUUAAUAACUAUUCCCUUUAUUUCUAAAUCUAGAUGUCCAACUAAUUUGUUAUGAUUUUCUAGAUUUUUAUAAUUAAUCAACUUGAUGUUAUGAAUGGGAUAGUAUUGUAAGU